CCGGGAGACGGGGAGAGUGUGCUAGAGUUUCGGCGGCCGUCCUCCUGACGGUUCGAGAAGAGAGAGUUUUCAUCCCAGCUGAGCGGAGAGAGAUCGGUGGCCAUCAACCUGAUCGUUCCAGCAGACAAGCGGUUCGUCUCUGUCAGCCAGUAUCUCGGAAGUAGUAAGUGCCGCGCGGAUCUUUGAGAUAUAUAGAUGCUGGUAAGAUAGACAAUCGGAAUUAAAAAUGACGAUGCUUUGCUUCGUCUUGGAUCUCCGGUGCAUAUCGACUUCGCUACUUCACGAUCUGAAACAGUUACUGUUGCAGUUAGCGAAUUUGCACGCAAUAUCUUCUUCAGCUAGUAAUGGUAGUCCAUCAAAACCCAAACCACUGCCCGAUCAGAUCGGGCUAUGCUACAUUUUCAAAAAUCGCAUAUCAUGCGCCCAUGAGAAGGAACAAUUUGCACUAUAUGGUUAGGAAUGCUUCACGCUCUUUUGAUGAUUACCUAUGGAGAUAUUGUAUUGUGUAAGGUUUCUGAGUGCGUGCCGGCUUACAUUGGUGAAUUGACUAAAUUCUUCAAUAGAAACGCUCAAUUAAUGCUUCUGCUUUGUAACUGAUGGAUAAAGUGGUUAGCAGCUGAAGGUGGCUUAUAGUCCGAGAGGCCACUUCAAUCUCCGUGAUUUCCACCAUGCGGUUAACAGUCUUCCUGUUGAUGCUUUUGGUCCAGAUUUCAACAAUUCAUCGUCUUUUUGUGGUGUCGAUAUGAAACUUUCAGAUGUUCUAAGUGAUGAAGUUCUGUAUUCAUGGGGAAGUCAGCAAAAAGAUAUCACAAAAAAAGUUGUGCUGAUAAGCUCUUGUGUACUUGAAAGUCUAGACUCAACAACUAGAAUGGCACUGACGGGUGCAGCAGAAAAGUGUGUUUCUGUAGAGUUUGUGUUCUUGGAGCAAACCUCAAGUCACCUUGCUGAUAUUCCCGAAAAUAUUAACAACUUCCUGAAGGAAAUUGGUGAUCUUGAGAAUUGUAUUUUUGAACACCGAAUUCAAGAUGCACGUGUGUUUUUUGGUUUAGUGAUGAAGUGGUCCCAGGAGUUGAAGGAUGACAUGGAAGAGCCAUUACAGGCUCAUUUUAUCUUCAAGAACAAUCUUGUAGGCUCUUCCAACAAGAUAUUGUGCAAUGUGUCUACACCUGUCAAUCAAAUAAUAGACGAAUUUUCUUCGUGUGAGACUUGCAGGUGUCAUGGCAUGCCCUUAGAUGACUCAAAGAGGAAAGAGUCAAAUGUGAAAUAUUAUUGUCCAGUCACUGGGGAUGAACUUGUAAUCCUAAACAUCAUUGAAAACUCCGUAAAGAUUGGAGAAAAUAUAACCCUGUACUUGCCUUCUUUUCAUCCCUGUCAGGACACUCCACGAGUUUCUUCACCUGUUGAAUUCAAUGUCAUUAAAAGAACUGGAUUGCAUUCACUUAAUGAAGGAAUCAUUUUUGGUUCUUCAUUUAUUAUCACUCCAGCUUUCCUUGAGUCAGAUGAGACUGAGAAUUCAGAUCUAUACUGUAAAGUUUUUCAAGUGAUGAGUAGCUUAUUGAACUCCCUUGACCAGGGUAUAGUUUGCUCUUCAAAUUACAACAUCGAUACUGCAAGACAGUCUUCCUUUCUGUGCUAUUAUUUACUUUUACCUUCAGAAAAAGGAACUAUGCUUCUUAGGCGGCUUGCUGGAUCAGAGGAAAUCUUGCCUGUUCCUGAAGUUAUGCCCUUUAAACACAUGAAGGUAGCAAAUGAUAUUGAAAAUUCUGUUCAAGCGUCUUUGUUUAAGAUGGAAGUAAGUGACUACGAUCCAUUUCAUCACGAAAGAGGCUUUCAUAAAAAACUGAACACUCUGGUGAAAGAAAGCCUACAAUUUGGGGCAAUGCCUCCAAGAGAUAAAGAUGUAGCAACCGUGUUAAACUCCCAGCAGCAAGAUACUCCAGCAGAGGCUUCACAAUCAACAAAGGCAACCAAGGGGAAAAUGAUAGAAGAAAAUAUAUCAGUUUUCGAUAUAGGUGUUGGAGAUAUAACCAGUGAGCUAAUUGCCGAGGAAUGGGAAAAACUGAUCGUGACUAGGGAACCCAAAAUUUGUUCGCCAUCAUGUAACCCAAACCCAAAGUUUGAGACAUUGAUUCUGUCUACACCACAAGAUUCUAGACAACUAGACGAGAAAACAUCAAGAAUCCUUGAGAGACUGGAGAUCCCGAAACAAUUAAAAAGAAAAACAGCUUCUCCAGUGACAUCAUCCAGUGUUCCCAUGAUUAUGGAUUCAUGUGGGUUCAUUAAGAAGCCACUUGUUCCAUAUGGAUCGUCGGUGGGUCAGAGCAUAACCUCAAGCCAGCCGAUCAAACCCAACUUCCAGAAACACAGGAAGAAGAAAUAACUCAGGUUAACCUUUUUUGCACCUUUAUUCUGAAUCGGCACUUCUACGUAUAUAAACUAAAUAUAAUGAAGGUCCUAAAUUGAUCAUAUGCUUUGAUGAUUCAUUUAAUAGAACGAUAGAAAGAUCAUGUGUUUUGUAUCCUCAAAAUGGCAGUGAACAACUGAACAUGUUGGUAAAAAACACAAAAUUGGGCGUUCGGACACCAAGA